AAAACCUAAGACACAAGUUUCGUUUAGUAGGGUUCAUGUUUUUUUGGGUAUCAGUUUAGGGUUUAUAUUGAUUUUAUCUUCUUCGUUUCUCGUCGGUUGCGUCGAUUUCUCCAAGUCGUUCGUUCUCCGAUUCUACACGACUUUCACGGCGGGACUGUUUCUUGCCAGCUGAGGUAUCGGAGUUUCGUAUCUCUCCCUAAAAGCCUAAGUAGUCAAAACCUGAAAUUCGAAGGCAGAUGGAUUCGCAAAUCAUCUCAGAUAAAGCGGAGGCUGAACGAAUUGUUAAGAAUGUAGCACGUUGCAUUGCCAGAAAAGGGUUGAAGUAUGAGAAGAGGAUGAUGACCAAUGUCAAAGAUCCAAGAAUCAACUUUCUGAGGAACCCUGAAGAUCCCUUACACGGAUAUUACAAGCAGAAGCUUAGUGAUUACCUUUCUCAGAUUCAACAAAAUGGAACUAUUGUUGAUGAUUUUGGUCAUGUUGUAGUUAGUACCCAAGUCACUGAGCCACCUCCAGGUAUAAUCAGAAAUGAUAUCGAGGAUAUGGCGCGUUACAUUUCCAAAGGUGGGUUGGUGUUUGAGAGCGUCAUGAGGCAUCUUGUUGCAGAUGAAGCAAGAUACAGCUUUAUGGCUAGUUCCCAUCCCUUUCACGCGUUUUACCAGCAGAAGCUUACCGAAUAUCGUUCUAUCAAUCAACAAGACGGAGGAGCUAAUCUUGAUUAUGAUGCUACUCUUGCUGUUUACAAGCAAAAGGCUACCGAAUUCCGUUCUUGGAUUCAACAAGAGGGAGCUAAUCUUGAUGAUGAUGCUGAUGCUGCUGGUCAACGCAUUGUUCUGCCAUAUUUUCUCGACCUUAGACUUCCUAAAGGGAUGAGUGGCAAGGAUUUUAGAACUAUGAAGCUCACAGCUCAGUUUGGGGCUUGGUAUGGAAACGAUUUCUGGCUGGGGUUCAAGAACAGAGAUGGGUUUGAGUUUACGAACCCAACUGAUAGCAAGUUCCCACGUUUCACUCGGUUUGUUCUCGAGUAUUCAGAAGUAUUUAGUCCCCCUAAAGAUUUGAAAGAAAAGGUUAGCAAGAGUCAUGCUUAUAUGUCGGCCAUACAUGAUGGUUUUUUCCGUCUUGUUAAUCAGUGGGAUUCUCUCCAAGAUUUGAAAUGGCACGAUGGAGGGGUGAUGUCUAUGGUUCGUUGGCAUGCUUCUCUCGUGAAAGAUUUUGCUAACAAUGAAGAGCUGCCACACCCUGAAACCACUGGGUCUGUAUCUGGAACGGAACCAGAGCCAAAGAGACUAAAGCUUGACGAGUCAGGCCUUGUUCCAGAAGACCAGUUUCUUGCUAAACACCCGGGUUGGUGUACAAUCAGGGUUUCGAUUGUCAGUGUCGAAGGUCGUGAGGUAAACAUCAUUGAGAAAACAGUGCAGUCGUUAUCGGAAAACGUGGCCAGUUUCAAGGAGAAAAUAGCCGAGGAGGUCCGAAGUAUCCCACCAGAGAAACAGGUGUUAUUCGGAAAAGCCGGGUUGUUGAAGGACAACAACAGGUCACUAGCACAUUACAAUGUGGGAGCAGGAGAAAUCCUUACUCUGUCCUUGUGUACGUGUGGGAGAGAGACAGAUUUGGACAAGCCUUGUUGUUGCACGGAAUUGUUUAACAACGCACUUGGUGAGAUGAUGCGAUCUCAAGCUUCUUGUUUUGAUUGAUUGAUGUUUGGAUAUUUGGCAGCUUAUUGUUCGUUUUGGCUCUGUUAUCUUUCUUAAAUGAUCUUAUACUCAUGGUCAUUUUAAGUUUCUCCUCUAUGUAAAAAUCUUGACUUUGAUUGGGUUUUCUUCUAUAUUCUAUGCA